AUGACUGUGGAGCCGGUUGUGAUUGGAGCGACUGACAGCGAACUCGUUCACGUCCCACUGAUUGUAAGGUAGUAGCAUGUUGAUGUUGUGGUAGAUAACUAGAAAACAGUGUUUUUAUUUUUGCAUUCUAAAGUUGCUCUUUACUUUAGUUCAAGUAAUAGUAAACAGUAUGUCAUGGCAGUAGCAAGCUGAUAUUUUAGGUUGAUGGCCAUCCAAAUGGUCUUCCGAAGUUGUUGUUCAAUGGAUCCGUCGACUUGAUAGCGGCUCCAUUCCAGACCACAAAGAACAGAGCGGCUCUCUUUUCUUUCAGUGAACCUUUGUAUACGGUAUGUCAAUACAGCUGUUUUGUUGCAACAUUAAUCUAAUGGUAAUGUGAAUUGAGUAUCAUACAAGCAAAAGCAUUAUUUAAAAGUAGUUUCAGUUGAGCACGACAAUGUUAAUGCACGAUUCUGCCAACCUGAACAGUGACAUCUGGAGCUUCUUCCGAACGUACACCAACACGACCUGGAAUGUCAUACUGAUAGCGUUGUUCCUGCAGAUCAGUUUUUGUGUCUUGAUUCGGUUCUUCGAGGCCAAUGUCAUUUGUACUCAACGUAUCAGUGUUCUUGAGGUAAUUCUUCGACGUGAGCGUUGGAGUUAUUAACACUGUAUAUAUACGUCGUUAAAAAUGGAAAUUAAUUGAUUUUACAGAGUUCUUGGCAGAUGUUGCGAUUACAAUUGAUGCAACCAGAGAAGAUUUAUUUCAAAAGUUUGGCAGGUAAGUGAAGUCUACUAGAAGAGCUUAUAUCUUGCGUAAAUUUACUGUACUGUUCAUAUCGCAUCGUAAAAUACUAUUUUAAGUUUUUUUAUAUUUUUAUCUUAUAGUAGUUUGAAUCAUUUUAGGUCGUUUCUCGAUAAUGAUCUUCUCGCUAGUCCAAUGUGCCGUUCUGCUGGGAGUUUUCAGUUCUUGGAUCCUGGCAAGUAUCAUCCGCGACGCUGCUCCCCAUACUCCUUUCGAGAGUAUGGACAAGUUCAUAAAAGGAUUGGCAGCCAGGAAGUACUACAUGGUAUCAGCAGAACCAGACACCUGGUUCUUCGAGGAAGUGAACCAGUCGCAGGUCUUUCCCUUCAAGCAGCUACACUCGGCGCUACAGCAGAAUCCACUGAGAAGAGCGACAAAGACACGACAGGCAUUGGAAGCGGUCGUCAACGAUGGUGCUGUCGUGUUCAUGCAGAGCGAUAGCGACACCUACUACACCUCUGUCAAGUUCUGCAACCUCAACAGAGUAUACCAAGAUAUGCCUGUGGUUACUGCGUAUCUCAUGUUCAGGUUGGCAAGAUUUCUGUACUAUUGCUUGUAUGAGGUGAAAUGUAGUACAAGUGCUAUACAUCAUUCACAAGCUGAUUUGACACUUAAAAUUUAGAGUUUUAUACAAAUGUGUUAAUAUUGUCGUGGAUAUUUGAAUAUUACUUUCCAUCAAGUUACUGUAACAUUAUUGUAGAAAAGGCUGGCCCUUGGCUGCGUUGUUUAACCAGACGAUCGUCGAGAACAGAAUGCACAUCACUCGGAUUCUGAGGAAGUACAAGCAUCUUCUGGCAGAGAGUAGGGCCAUCUGUAGAGCACGGUCGCUGCACUCUCCUCUGAGUAUCUACCCCUACUUGGGCUUGUUGAUUAUUUGCACUGGCGCUAUUACAGUAUCCGUCUUUGUGCUUUUCCUCGAAAACUUUCUUUACAGAGCCAACAAGGUCGUUGAGACAAUGCCAUGA